GUUGUCCAGCCCUGGUCAGAUAGCCCCACCUAUUUGUUUUCAUUAUAGAUGCCACUUGGGUGUGUGCGUUUUUUGUAAAUUUCAAUUGCUAACGCUGCGCAAACUCCCAGAUCCGGAACAUCGAACAACAAGAGUCCUACAGCAUCCAGCAGCAUGCGCGAACUCAACAAACAGCAGUCGCAGGACACUACAGACUACGUGGAAAAGGGCGACUAUCCGCGAGCCACCAAUGGAGUCGUGUUCGGAGCCCUCAUCACCUUCGCUGGCUUCUUCGCCCUGAUGAUGUCUUUCUGUUCGCCGUAUUGGAUUGAAUCGUACGAGGAGACCCGCAGCAGCUUCAAAAACAUGGGCCUCUGGCAAUACUGCUUCAAGGACUUUGUGUACCCCAAGUACCAUUACCCCAAGGCCUUCACAGGAUGUCACAACAUCUUCUCGCACGAGUACUAUGUGAUCCGUGAGUACCUGCUGCCCGUCUGGCUGAUGGCGGUGCAGGGCUUCGUUACCAUGUCAUUCAUCAUUGUGAUGCUCGUCCUUACACUGCUGUCACUGACCAUUAUUCGGCUGCCUCUGAAGCCCGUGCUCCAGUACGAGUGGUUGCUGGUUCGUCUUUCCUAUAUUGGAACCGCCGUCUCCUCGCUGUUCAUGUUCUUGGCCGUUUGCAUCUUCGGUGGCUGCGCCUACCGCCGCGAUUGGCUCAUGUACCCCAAGUUCAAUGUGCUGGGCUGGUCCUACGCCCUCGCCGUCGUCACAUUCAUUCUUCUUGGCCUGGCCGCUCUGGUCUUGCACCGCGAAGCCAGGAAAGCCUUUGAGGCCCGCGGUGAGCAGAAGAACCUGGUUAUGCAGAUGGAGAUGCAGGAGCCGGGAUAUCAGCCGCCGCGUCAUCACCACAGCCAGUCUCGCAGCCUGCAAGGCUACAUAUAAUUCGAAUAAUACAAAAUAUCACGAACACAGGCCGACAGCAACAAAUCUCCAGGCAUAAUUUUGGCUUCUCCAUAGCUUCUAAGCCUUUGAACUAGAAGUCUAGAACCAAAAGCUUAUGAAGAAGUCAAAAUUAUCCUUGGGGUAUAACAAAUUCGAAUAUGUCGGCCUGUGUAAUUUGCAUUCCAUCCAUUGACUAAGUAGUCUUCAGAAACUUUAUGUAACUAAUUCCGCCCAAAAUGCCUUAUAAUCUUAAAUUUGAACCACACUUUUAGUGUAGAAAUUAUACCGACUUUUAUAUGCAACCAUUUUAUGAACUUUAAAUUAUAUAUGGCUUUAUAUGUGAGCCCAUAAGAAAUACA